UAAUACGUUGGCUGGAGCUCAAGGUGCACAUACAUUUGGGGUCCUUCCAGUCGAUGGCUGUGGAGUGUCCCGGCGCGAUCCUCCGUUGAGCCAGCCAGCCAGCCCUCUCUCUCUCUCAGUCGGUGUGUCGGUCGGUGUCAUCGGUUGAACUCGCAGGAUUCGCUCUCUCUCUGGCUCGCUCGCUAUCUCUCGUGAUACUCUCUCGUGUUCUUGCCCACCUACUUCACGGGACGCGUUUCAACGUGUUCCUGUGGAAUUGCAAGUUUGCAAAGUGGUUUCCUCCUUUUGAGUUGAUCGUUUGGGACUCUUUAUUUUUUUUUUCCAACAGUUUUGUUUUGGUCAGAGAGUGGUGUAUCCCGUUUUGUGUCACUGAAGUUUAUUUUGUUUUUGUUUGAACUUGACUGAUAGAGACAUUUCUGUUCUUUAAAUAUGAUUUUUGUGGAUGUUCGUCUGAUGCUGAUCACUGCCUUUGCCAGAGUUAUAACUGACUCGGUGUGUCUUUAGUCUGGUCCUCAAGUUAUUCGACGCACGCCACAAGGAAAAGGAAGUUUUCUUCUAACUGAUGACGUCAUGACUCCACCAAUGGCGUCAAAGCUUAAGACGUCAUCAAAGAUAAUGACGUCACAGCUAAUGGCGUCGAAAACUCCAGUCAACCAACCCGCCCACUUCCCUUAGAUAACUAUGGGUGCCAGGCUGGCAUGUGGCGGUGGAAGCGACGACAGCAGCCCCUGCGACACCGUUAUGGUCGUUAGCGGCGGCGGUGAAACUGCCAGAGCGGAAGAUGAUCCUGCCGAUGCCGCUACAAGCAAAGAAGGAGGAGGAGGAGGAGGAGGAGGAAAGAGGGGCAGGGAAGGAGGAGGCAAGGGUAGCGUGAGGUGCUCCGAUGACGGCAAGGGCGCCACGGGAGGAGGCCGCGAUCCGGCCAAUAUCCUGGAACUCUGCUCCUCCAUCACCGAUCAAAACGCAAUGGGGAUCCAGAUCAGGCUCAAUCAGUAUCUCUCGCGAUGGUGUGGAGCUGAGCUCGCGUUUCUCAUUCUGGUCUCCGAUGACGAAGAGGAGUUGACGGUUCACGUCCUGGGGGACCAACUGCUGCCCAGCACCAUCAAGAUACCCGUGAAUAACAACAGCUUCAGCACGGCGUUGUCAUCUCGUCGCCCGAUGACCUUGGAAGACAUCGAACCGGCUCAUCGGGAGGACGUGUGGAAACUCCUCGGUCUCAUACCCGAGACCAAAGGGGUGGUCUCGGGGGUUCGGCGAGUGUACCCAGCCAUCUAUUCGAAGCUGAAAUUCUGUGCCAACACUCACAAUGGGUCGGCCAAAGGGGUUGAAGAGAGCGGGAGUGUGAGGACAAGAGGCCUGACCCGGGAUGUGUCCAUCGACUAUUCGAAAGACCCCAAGAACGCUACCAUGCUACCUCGUGGGGUCCCGACGUCGCCCUCGGCGUCGGUGACCUCGAUGCCCAACUUCCCGAAGCCCAAAGACAACGCCGCAGCGGCGAAGGAUAGAAUUUUCGGCGCCGGCGGUAACGGUGAUGGUGGUGUUAGUAGUAGUAGUAGUAGAGGUAGUUCCGCUAGUUCACGCCCACAAAGAAAUAGUGCUUGUCGAGUUGGACUGACGCCUUUGGAGGCGGACGAGGACGUUCUCUCGAUCUCGCCCAACGCAAUAGGGGAGACUCGGCCCUCUUUCCCAAAGUCUCCUCAAGGAAGCUCAAGUGUCACAACGGAUACAACGCCGAAUGGGACGACCUCUACCAUAACGUUUGAUUUCACGCCUCCCAAAUCCCUUCUGUGUGUCCCCAUCUCCGCCCCCGGGAAGGAGACCUCUGCUGUCUUGGUCUGUCUUGUCAACAAGAAGUCAGGGCAGUUUGGCAAGGAAGACAUCGAGACCGUCAAAGAAUGUUUCAAGUACACCGUGGGGAUGCUGGUCAACACCGUGGGAGUGGAGAGGGAGAGGAGACUCCGCACUCAGUGCCAGGCGCUCCUCAGCGUCGCCCAAAAUCUCUUCACGCAUUUGGAUGACGUGACGGUGCUCCUGAGGGAGAUCAUGGCCGAGGCCCGACAGCUGACGGACGCCGAGAGGUGCUCGCUCUUCCUGCUCGACCGCGACCAACAGCAGCUGGUCGCCAAAGUCUUCGACGGAGAGAGGAAGGAGGAGUCGAAUGGCGAGGUGCGCUUGCCGGCGAACCAGGGCAUUGCUGGGCACGUGGCCACGACUGGACAGCUUUUGAACAUCAGAGACGCAUAUGCCCAUCCCUUGUUCUACAGAGGAUUUGACGAGUGCACCGGAUUCAAAACCAGGAACAUCUUAUGCUUCCCAAUCAAAGAGGACGGCCAGGUGAUCGGUGUGGCGGAGCUAUGCAACAAGACCACCGGCCUCCACUUCACGCGCUUCGACGAAGAAAUCGCCACCGCCUUCAGCAUCUACUGCGGUAUCUCCAUCAACAAUUCCCUCCUCUACAAGAAGGUCUUCGAUACCCAAGUCCGGUCGAAGCUUUCCAACGAGCUCAUGAUGUUCCACAUGAAGGUGACGAAGGAAGAAGUCGAUCGCUUGGUCCAAGCAGAGGUUCUGCAGCCCAGUGAUUUCAACAAAGAUUUCUGCUCGUUUAAAUACUUCCCUCGCCAGUUGCCGGAGUCCCGGACGCCCUCGGCAGUGAUUUCGAUGAUGGAGAACCUUGGCAUGAUACAGAAGUUCAGGAUCAGCCGGGACUGUUUGGCAAGAUUCAUCUUGAUGGUUCGUAAAGGAUACAGAGAUCCCCCUUAUCACAACUGGAUGCACGCGUUUUCCGUGACCCAUUUCGCUUUCCUUUUGCUGCAUAACCUUCGGCUGACAGAAACAGGGGCUCUCACCCAUUUAGAAGCGUUGUCAUUGAUUGUCUCUUCCAUGUGUCAUGAUCUGGAUCAUCGUGGGACCACCAACUCUUUCCAGGUUAGUUCGUAAACUUCAGCAGUGGUUCUUGCUUC